AUGAAGUUCUUUUAUUCCGCCGGCGCAAUUGCGCUUUUGGCUUCAACGGGCCUUGUCAGCGCCCAGGCGUCGCCUUACAGUAUCUCAAGCACAGACGCCAUCAAGAAAUCAGCCAAGCAGCUCGCAGCUGAUUUGAUCGAAUACUACCACGGAAAUGACCCCGGUGGUAUUCCAGGUAUCCUUCCCGGUCCUCCUCCCAACGGCGACUACUACUGGUGGGAAGGUGGUGCGAUGUGGGGGACGUAUAUGGAUUACUGGAGGUGCACUGGCGAUACGAAAUACAACGACCUCGUCAUGCAGGGCAUGCAGUUCCAAGUCGGAGACGACCAAGAUUACCAGCCCAGCAACGUCACUCUAUCUCUCGGAAAUGACGAUCAAGGUUUCUGGGGCAUGUCUGCCAUGUUGGCUGCCGAGUUGGCAUUCCCCAACCCUCCCUCAGAUCAGCCUGGUUGGUUAGCUCUCGCUCAAGCUGUUUUCAACACUCAGGCCAAUCCCGACCGACACGACGAUACUUGCGGUGGUGGUCUUCGAUGGCAGAUUCCUCGAACAAACAACGGUUACGACUACAAGAACAGUAUCGCCAACGGUUGUUUCUUCAACCUGGGUGCCCGACUUGCUCGAUACACGGGCAACAAGACCUAUGCCGACUGGGCUGAGAAGACAUGGGACUGGAUGGAGGGCGUUGGUUUCCUCGACCCCACCUCUUAUAAGAUUUACGAUGGUGGUCACGUUGGAAAGAACUGUACCGAUAUCAACAAGGCCCAAUUCUCUUACAACUCUGGUGUUUUCCUCCAGGGCGCUGCCUUUAUGUACAACCACACCGAUGGCGAGAAAAAGUGGGAGCAACGUCUCGAUAAGCUGGUUGAUGCUACCAUCUCAAACUUCUUCCCCAAGGAUAUCGCUGUUGAAAUCGCCUGCGAGAACCACGACACUUGCACCACCGAUAUGUACUCCUUCAAGGGCUACGUCCACCGCUGGAUGUCACAGGCGACCCAUCUCGCACCUUUCAUCCGACCCAAGAUUCUCCCUGUCCUCGAAAAGUCCGCCCAAGCUGCCAUUGCUCAAUGCACCGGUGGAGAUACCGGACGUGUGUGUGGUUUCAAGUGGGCCAGCGGCAAGUACGAUGGCAAGACCGGUGCUGGUCAGCAGAUGAACGUUCUCGCAGCCGUGUCAUCUCUUCUCAUGGAGAACACUCCUCCUCCUGUCACAGCAAAGAAGGGAGGUACCUCCAAGGGUAACCCCAAUGCUGGUAACGUCGGAGACGGCAAGAUCGACAAGACUUACGGACCUCUUACCACUGCUGACAAGGCUGGUGCUGGUAUCCUGACCUUCCUGGUCCUAUCCUUUGCCUGCGGCAUGUUUGGCUGGAUGAGUCUGGGCAAAUAA